UUUUUUUGUCAUCGGUGGAUACUUCUAAUAUGUCCAAGACUGCUGAUAAGGUAUUUGAGAUUUUAGAUGUCAUUGUGGAGAGGAUUGGGGAGGAAAAUGUUGUCCAAGUAGUCACCGAUAAUGCUGCAAAUUAUAAGGCAGCGGGACAAUUAUUGAUGGAAAAAAGAAAGAGUUUGUUUUGGACACCAUGUGCUGCCCAUUGUAUUGACUUGAUAUUAGAGGAUUUUGAGAAGAAGUUAGAGGUUCAUCAAGUAACUAUUGCUAAGGGGAGGAGAAUCACCUCAUAUAUUUAUUCAAGAACUAUUCUUAUUUCCAUGCUAAGGUUUGCAAAAAUAGAAGAAGGGAAACGAAUUCAAAAUUGUGUUUUGGACAACAGGUUUUGGCAUGAUGUUACUAUAUGUAUUAAGGCAGCAUUUCCUCUAAUUAAAGUUCUUCGAUUAGUUGAUUCUGAUGAGAAACCAGUUAUGAGUUUUAUAUAUAAAAAAGGAUGGUGUCUAAUGCAAGUGAAAGGUGCAAAAUUGACUUGCAACUUGAAUCAUUCAAGGAUGCAAAAGGAAUUACAAAGGUUUGCAAUCCGAGUUCUAAGCUUGACUUGUACUUCAUCUGGAAGUGAGCGUAACUGGAGUGCAUUUGAAAUUAGUCAUGAUACUGAAGAUGAUUUGAAGAUUCAAAUUGAUGAUAUUGGUGUUGGUACUAGUAGCAGCACUAAUGCUCAUAAUAUUGGUGUUGGUACUGGUAGUGACACUAAUAAUCCUCUUAAUGCUAAUGACAUUGAUGAAUGUCUAAGGAAUAAUGAGGAAGAUGAAGAGCCUGUUUGA